AUGAGGUCUAAAGGCAACGGAGGUAAUAACGGAUCUUCUUCUUCGCUCUGUUCGCUCUUGUUACAAGUGCAAAGUGGAAAUGACAUCAAAUUUCAGGAUUUUCAAUCUUGGUGCGCUUUCCUUUCAUUUGCAAAUGCUUUCUUUGCAGUGCUUGUCAUCCUUGGUAACUCUGUGGUUUUCGCAGCCUUUUAUCGAUUUGAAUCAUUGAGAACAGCAUCCAACUUUCUCUUGCUAGGUUUGUCGUUUUGUGACUUUUUCGUGGGUCUUGUAACUCAACCUCUGUUGGCUACUGAGAUAGGUUUGGUUGCCACGAAUUCUGAGAUAGCUUGUACUUUCAAAGAUUUAUACGUUAUAUUCCUGUUCGCCUUCAACUCCUCAUCUAUGGUACAUAUUUGUUUGAUCACCAUUGAACGUUCCGUUGCCAUUUUUUACCCCUUCAAACAUCAGCGGUGGAUAACGAAGAUGAAGAUUGUUAUUUUAUUGGUCUUAUUUUGGAUUUCUUGGGCACUGAUAACUGUUUUCACUCGCCGUAAUCACGGAGGGGGGAUCAUUGGUUACUCACGCAUGGCAUUUGUAAUCGUCAGUGCCACAUUUGUUGUUACCAUAAACCUUCGGCUGUGGAUAGAAGCUAGAAAACAUUCGAUGCGCAUUCACAACGCUCUUCCCCUAACAAGCCUUUCCAACGUUACAAACUCCACUGAAGGAAGCAGAGAAAGUCGUAACUCCGUGGCUAAAGCCGCGCGCGACUCAAAGGCAGCGAAAACAAUCUUGCUUAUCACAGGUAUACUAAUUUUAUGUAAUCUUCCAAUCAUAGCAACAUUUGUAACCCGCAAAUUUUACAAUGUACGUGGUCGCGUUGUGACUUUGCUUUGGUUUGCUUCAAACACUGUAGUACUUCUGCCCUCUUUUGUAAACCCAUUGGUGUAUUGCUGGCGAAGAAGGGACAUCAGAGUUUCAGUGAAGAGGAUGUUUGGUUGUCGCAAUGUUGUCGGAGUACAACGGUGA